CAGGAGCUAGAGAAGGCAAGGGGGCGGGGUUCGGACCGGCUCCAGGCCCCGCCUAGCGGGGUUGCUGUCCUAGCAUUGGCUGCCGCCGACGUGACGUCACGGGGCUCUAUGAGAGAACCCCGAGCCCCGGCGGCGCGGGCUGUAUUGUCCCUCACGUUGCUUCAGGCUUACGUUGUUCCCUUGUUACCUGGCUCCGUGUCACGUCGGGGUCAGGGCCGGAGCCGGAGUCGAGGCCAGGCCAGGGCGCAGCCGCAGCCAGCAUUGGGGGUCGUUGCCCCCUCAGGGCCUGCAGCCGCUGCCAACAUGGUGUCCCCGGUCACCGUGGUCAAGAGCGAAGGGCCCAAACUUGUCCCUUUCUUCAAGGCCACUUGCAUCUACUUUGUGCUGUGGCUGCCAUCCUCCAACCCCUCCUGGUUCAGCGCUCUCAUCAAAUGCUUGCCUAUCUUCUGCCUCUGGCUGUUCCUGCUGGCCCACGGAUUUGGCUUCCUGCUCGCCAACCCCAGCGCCACCCGAAUCUUCGCAGGGCUCGUCUUCUCUUCAGUGGGUGAUGCCUUCCUCAUCUGGCAGGACCAGGGCUACUUCGUGCAUGGACUGCUGAUGUUUGCAGUGACCCACGUACUGUAUGCUUCAGCCUUUGGCAUGCAGCCCCUGGCCCUGCGGAAAGGCCUAGUGAUGGCAGUGCUCUCCGGACUCUGCUAUGCCCUCCUCUACCCCCAUCUGUCGGGCCCUUACAUCUAUCUAGUGGGAGUCUACGUGGCCCUCAUUGGCUUCAUGGGCUGGAGGGCCGUGGCAGGCCUGCGACUGGUCGGGGCACACUGGCGCUGGACAGAGCUGGCUGCAGGCAGUGGAGCCCUUUUCUUCAUCAUCUCUGACUUGACCAUUGCCAUCAACAAGUUCUGCUUCCCCGUCCCCUACUCCCGAGCCAUCAUCAUGGCCACGUAUUACGCUGCCCAGAUGCUCAUUGCACUCUCUGUUGUAGAGAGCCGAGACCUGGCUGGGGACUUGGGAAUGAGCAAGGUGGACUGAGCAGGGUGAGGGGGCCAGGGUCUGUGUUAACCCAAAGCCCUUUUGCCCUCUUACCCUCUCUUCUCAGCAACAGGUCCCAGGCCCCAGGGGUUUUCAGGAAUGGGGCAGAAUAUCUGGACCUAGACUGUGAUCUUUGCCAGCUUAAGCUUUGGAAAUGAGGCCCAGAAUCAGGCCAGAAGAGAAAAAUGGUCCUAGGUGCUUUGGAGUGGGAUAGAAAUGGGGAUUUCUUUCCUCAGGCCUCUGUGAGGCCUCUGUGGGUCUUAGCUCUUUUUUUUUCCCCUUUGGCACAGGGCAGGAAGAAGGAUAAGCUUACAACUCUGUCCUCUACCCAGUACAAAUGACUUGGGACAUGUGGAGACCCCCCACCUCUUCUGACACUUCCUCAGAUCCAACUCCUCUUUAUUAGAGGAGUUCUGUGAGGAGAGAAGUCUGGGGAUGGUGCUAAUCUCCUCCUAUUUUAGGCCACUCUUGAGGAGGUGGUGGGCUUGUCUUAAUGCUUGUGGCCCUCAGGCUGCUUCCUUUAUACUUGAACAAGUUAUUGGGGGAAGACCCUUGGUCUAGGGAAAGAGUCUGCUCUGGUCUGAAUUCUUCCUGGUGCUCUUUCAAGGCUAUUCCCUAUUGCCGCCAGAUGCAGGAUUUGAACUCAUGACUCAGUGAUUCUACUCCACCUGGCUUGCCUCUUUCCCUAGCUAGGUAGCAGUUCAUUUUAUGGGGGAGUGGGAUGGGGCAGGGAGAUGGCACCCUAACAGUUUCAUGACCUUAGCAGUAGGGAGAGUAGCCCAGCUCUCCCAACCCAGAGCCAUCUCUUCCACUGGAGAUACUGAGGGUUCCCUGCCUUCUCAGGUGUGACCCAGAAGCAGGGCUUGGACUUCCCUUUCUACUGCUGUUAGGAGCAAAGUGGUUUGUGUGUGCUGGUGCAGGACAGACAGCAGCCAAAGGAAGGGAUCUCUAUCCUCCCAGGGUUCCUGCUGACAGGACGCUGUUUCUGGGGCAGCAACUAUACCUUUCUCCAGGGCUCGCCCAAGCUGUAAUCUGGAGCAGAGUGCUUGGGACUCCCUUUUCAGCUUCCUGUUUCCCUGCUCUGUCCCCAAUAGGUUUUCCUUCCUGCCUCUCUUGUGGGCAAAUGGGGAACUAUGCCUCAGUGACCCAAAGGAAUCCAUUUACUGAGGCACAUUCAAUGCAAAGGGGUAGGGGAAGGGUGGAAUGGCUAUGUUGGCUCCAUUGUAUGGAAAACAAUAAAACUAGGGGCCUUGUGUCCAUCCUGCUCUGCA